UGAGAACCAGGCAAGGGCGCAGGGGGCGGGGCGCAGCGGGUGCACACGCGGGCGCCGGCGCGGCUCUGCUCAGGGUCGCCAUGGCGGAGGUGCAGCAACUCCGAGUGCAGGAGGCUGUGGACGCCAUGGUGAAAAGUGUGGAGAGAGAGAACAUCCGGAAGAUGCAGGGCCUCAUGUUCCGGUGCAGCGCCAACUGCUGUGAAGACACCCAAGCAUCUAUGCAGCAGGUGCANCAAUGCAUCGAGCGCUGCCAUGCGCCUCUGGCUCAAGCCCAGGCUCUGGUCACCAGCGAGCUGGAAAGAUUCCAGGACCGCCUGGCCCGCUGCACCAUGCAUUGCAAUGACAAAGCCAAAGACUCGAUGGAUGCAGGAACUAAGGAGCUUCAGGUGAAGCGACAGCUAGACAGUUGUGUGGCCAAGUGUGUGGAUGACCACAUGCACCUCAUCCCAACAAUGACCAAGAAGAUAAAGGAGUCUCUGUCGUCCAUCGGGAAAUAACAUUGUUUGCCAGUGACCGUCGGGACGGNGGGCAGGCUAUUUAAAGGAAGAAUGAAAGCUUUUAAUAUGUUAAGCAAUGUUUACGAAUCAGGAAAACUUAGACACAGCAAGUUCCAGGCAAAUGGCUGCUCACUGCUGGACACUAGUCCCUUUACAUCCGGAUCUUAGAAGCUGAAGAGGGAAGAAGCUGGUGCUAAGAUUUGGAUCGCAGAUAGCUCAGAGGAGAAGUCUAGAUCCUAAAUAUUCAUAUGCAAGUGUCUGUUCUGUAGUAGAGAUCAACCUUGUACCAAGAGCUCAGUUUCUUACUAUAAACAUCCAGGCUGGCAACUCUCUUCAACCUGCUGGUAAAAUCCGAGGAGAGGUGCAUCUCCUCAGAGAAGCUUGACAAAUCCUGUUUACCAGAAGUACCACCAUGCCACCUUGCCUAUGCUGGGAAACAAAACCCAGUAGGCUAGGAAUUAAGAGGAAAGGGUUUCCUUUUCAAAUCUAUAUUUUACUUAGUUUUGUCUUAUAUGCAGGGCACACUGGAUUUAAGAUACAGGAGGGAGAGUGGUUUGAGUCACUUCUAAAGGUUCCUAGUAUUAUGCACCAUCAAGAUGGGAAUGUCCAUUUCUUCAAAUUCUGUUAUUCUAGACACCCCUGAAGAAGCCGGACUGUGUCACACAGUGAACAUGGGAACAGCCUUCUUCACUGACUUGUGCAGCAAAGUGACACAUCCUUAUGAAAAGCAAGGGGAGUUAGCUGUCACAUGCCAGUCGCUGAGAAUAAACAGUAAAUAGGAAUUGUUGAGAAGUGCGAACCCAGUAUUAAUCAGCUGUGAAUCUACAGAGCCUUAUAGCAACAAGAAGGCCAGAAAGUGAGCAACUUGAGCCACAGAAAGCUAGGACCACUGUAGAGCAAGAGAGGCACACACUUUCUUGCCAAAUGCCAUUUUUGCCUGGGUGGUUUUGUUGUUGUUGUUGUUGUUUUUGUUUUGUUUUUUUGCAGUGCAGUGUUGCUGGCCCAACAUAGCACCUUAUCUUUUGGAUAAGUACUAUGUUGUAUUUAUACCAAUUAAUUACUUGAAACAGUGAUACAUCUGUCUGUUUGCUGUGUCAAGCCUGCAAUAUAUUUUCCAAGUGGUUUGGUUUUUAAAUAAAGUUUCAUUGUCUCCA